AUGCAAAAGAUAUUACGAGCGGAUGAAAUUACAAAAAUACAAGUCCUUGGAAAAGGCAAGAGGAAGAGGAUAGAAAUGAUAUUCUCGGAGAGUGAAGACAGUGACCUGGAUAAAGAACAGAGAGAAACAUAUUCAGAAAGCAACUUUCUGUACAGUGAAAGCAGCAGUGAUGAUGAAGAGCCUUUAUUUCAACUAUCCAAGGUAGAACUGUGUGCCAAAAUAAAAGGUCUCAAGAGGAAGCUGACAGAUACCAUGAGAGAAAACUGCCGCCUAAGGCAGUCCCUGGUGAUGCUUCAAGUGUUGCCACAGGCAGUCACCCAUUUUGAGGAACUGGUAGGGAUGGCUGAAGCACUGCUCAAAGGGGGAGUGGCAUCAUCUACAUCCAGUCUGCAUUCACAUGCUCUUUGGAAAGCAUCUAACAAUCCGUUAGCAGAUUCAUAUGCAGCUAUGCAUAGUAACUCCAGCUCACCAGUAACUCUGAAUGUGGAAGAUGAGGAGCAACAGACUGAAAAACAGUUCAAGAUCGAAAAGUGGCAGAUUGCACUUUGUAACAAGAGCAAACCUCAAAAGUUUAUAAAUGACUUGAUGCAAGCACUUUAUACACACGAAUACAUGGCUACGCACAGCCUGACAGGUGCGAAGUCCUCCUCUUCAAAGGACAAAGCAGCGAAACCAGCUAUGAAUCAGAAUGAAGUUCAGGAAAUCAUAGGCAUCACAAAACAGUUGUUUCCAAACACAGAUGAUGCUUUAAUUAGGCGAAUGAUGGGACAAAAACUGAACAAUUGCACCAAGAAGCCAAUUUUGAGCAAAGAUUUUAACUCAGGUGCUUUUCAGAAGCAUAGCUUUUGUGGUUCAACAGCUGCUCCUCAGGGCAUCAUCUCUUCGGCUGUUCCUCCCAGCACACAAGACCAGCAGGAUGAUGAUUCACCAGCUGCUAAUGCACAAAUUCCGCAAAGCGACAGCCGUCCGACUCCUCCACCUCCCACCACGCAAGGUCAGCAGGAGAGCUUCAAACCCGCUGCUUCUAAGGUGGAGCCUCAUCUCGCCAGAAGCUCACCAGCGCCCUCUCCCAACCAGGGCUGCGGACAGGAUCUCAGGAAUUCAGACAAGGAAUAA